ACAAACCGAACUACAACUUCUGCCUUCGUGGUUGUCAUACUAUAUAGGCUAAAACAAAUCCUGCAACCAUGAUAAAGAAAAUGUCUCCGUCCGAAAACGAGUUUGACAUCCCCGCCAAAAACUGCCACAGAAUGGUCAUUUUGGGCUCCACAAAAGUUGGCAAGACAGCCAUCAUCUCUCGUUUUCUAAACGAACGGUUCGAUGACCAGUACACACCGACAAUCGAGGAUUUUCACAGGAAAUUCUACAGCAUCCGCGGGGAUGUAUACCAACUGGACAUUUUGGACACUUCGGGGAAUCAUCCAUUCCCCGCUAUGAGGAGGCUCUCAAUUCUGACAGGUGAUGUCUUUAUCCUUGUCUUCAGUCUGGAUAACAGAGACUCCUUCCUUGAGGUGCAGCGUCUCAAGCGACAGAUAUUCGAGACCAAGUCCUGUCUUAAAAACAAGACCAAAGAAAAUGUGGACGUCCCACUGGUGAUCUGUGGGAAUAAAUGUGACCGGGAGUUCUACCGGGAAGUCAAGGAAGAGGAGAUUGAACAACUCAUUUCUGGGGAUGAGCAGUGCGCUUAUUUUGAGAUCUCUGCAAAACGGAACACUAACGUAGACCAAAUGUUUCAAGCCUUAUUUACCUUAGCCAAACUCCCCAACGAAAUGAGCCCAGACCGUCAUCGCAAAGUGUCUCUCCAGUACAGCGAUGUGCUACACAGAAAGUCCUUCAGAAAUAAGAAGUUCAAAGACGGAGACGCCUAUGGUAUUGUUGCACCCUUUGCGCGACGACCAAGUGUGCACAGUGACUUAAUGUACAUAAAAGAGAAAGCCAUCGGUGGCAGUCAAGGAAAGGACAAAGACAGGUGUGUCAUCUGCUAA